AUGGAUCUCAGUACCAUGGGAGUCAUGCGGAACGAGAUCAACAUGUUCAUCCUGAACAUGGCGACGGCCGACCUGAUCGUCGCAGCGGUGCUGCCCAUCACGUUCAUGGUGGGCACGGUGUUCCAGGCUUACGAACUCGGCGAAGGCUGGUGUACGUACGGCGAGAGUGUUAGAUUGACGCUCCUGCUGACGUCAGUAUUCAGCCUGUCAGUGAUCAGCGUUGACCGGCUCUGGGGGCUUCUAAAGCCGUUUCACAAACAGUUCCGUCCCCUCACCACCAAGUUCAUCAUGCUCGCUACAUGGGUGGUGGCCGCUGCGGUGGCCUUCUACCCGUCGCAGCUGACAAAAUAUGGGAUGAGGCAGUACCAUGAUUUCCUAGACAAAUUCUGCGAAGAAGAUUCCGCCAUGAAGAAGUACUGGUGGGUGAUCGCGAUAUGCCUGGUCUGGGUCCCGGCCGGCAUCCUCUUCACCUGCUUCAUACUCAUUUUCAUCAAGCUGCGCCACUUCAACCUCAGCCAAAAGAAGAGCGGACAGCUCCGUUUUGUGCCGCCGGUAGUCUAG